UAUCCGUUCUCGUUCUUACAGCGCUCAGAAAAAUCAGCGCUCAUCCUCCGAGCCGCAGAGAGGACGCAGGAAGAGGGGUUACUCGGAGACGGAGCAUCCCACUCAAAAAAAACGGGACAACAUCAUGAUGAGUGGACUCCAGUGCCUGGCUCAAGAGAAGAUCUGGUUCGACAAAUCCAAAUAUGAUGAGGCAGAGCGACGCUUCUACGAGGGAAUAAACGGUCUGCCUUCGGCUCCUCAGGAGACGGACGCUAACGGCUUCCUGCAGGACAUGGUUAAAGUGCGCCAGGUUAACCAGCAACCCCUAGCCGAAAGUCAGAAUGCCAGUAAAUCGGAAGAUCAGAGCGAGCUGGUCUCACGCGUCAAGAACCUGGAGCUGGACAACAAGAACCUCCACAAAGUGGUGGAUGACCUGAGGGCCAUGCUGUCCAAACUAGAGAGCAGACUGUCCACACUGGAGAAGAGUCCGGGUCAGGCUCCCAAAGCAGCGGCCGCUCCACAGGCUGCUCCAGCACCGAAACCCAAAGUGGUGGUAGAAGAAGAGGACGAUGACAUUGACCUGUUCGGCAGCGACGACGAAGACGAAGAGGCCGAGCGCAUUAAAGCACAGAGGGUGGAGGAGUACGCAGCGAAGAAGGCUAAAAAACCCGCCCUCAUCGCCAAGUCCUCCAUCAUACUCGACGUCAAACCCUGGGAUGAUGAAACAGACAUGGCCAAGCUGGAGGAGUGUGUGCGUUCGGUGCAGAUGGACGGUUUGCUCUGGGGUGCCUCCAAACUGGUACCCGUUGGUUACGGCAUCAAGAAACUGCAGAUCAACUGCGUGGUGGAGGACGACAAAGUCGGAACCGAUGCACUCGAGGAGGAAAUCACCAAGUUCGAAGACUACGUCCAGAGUGUUGAUGUUGCUGCUUUCAACAAGAUCUGAGCUUUUGCUCGACAAUCAACUCAUCACCUCAUUUCAAAAGGCUGCCUGCUGCUUUUCUAUUGCACAGUUACCAAUAAACAGUUACAAAGCCUUACAAA